AAAUCAAGCUGGCCCCGCAGCCCAGCCGGAGGAGAAGGAGGAGAGACGGAGGACGGGGAGGGCAGGCGCCAGCCAGGGCAGCCGGCAGGAGUGGCGGGGACCGUCCCAGGCAGCCGGACUCCUAUCUCGUCCACCUGGGGCGCGCCUAGCCCUGCAGCAGGAACCAGUCCGGGCACCAUGGUCUCUGCGGUCGGCUCCAGCCUCCUCCUCGCCCUGCUGCUGCUCCUGCGGCCUGUGCCCAUGUCAGCUCUCUCCGUGUCCCUGCCUGCCGCCUUCCUGGAGGACGUGGGGGGCAGUGGGGAUGCAGAGGGCUCAUCGGCCUCCUCCCCCAGCCUCCCGCCACCCCAGACCCCGGCCCUCAGCCCCACAUCAGGGGAGCCCCAGCCCACAUCCCCGGAGGGCCCGUCACCCCCCACCAACCUCCUGGACGGCAUCGUGGAUUUCUUCCACCAGUACGUGAUGCUCAUCGCCGUGGUGGGCUCGCUGGCCUUCCUGCUGAUGUUCAUCGUCUGCGCCGCGCUCAUCACCCGCCAGAAGCACAAGGCCACGGCCUACUACCCGUCGUCCUUCCCCAAGAAGAAGUACGUGGACCAGAGCGACAGGGCCGGGGGCCCUCGAGUGUUCAGUGAGGUCCCCGACAGGGCUCCCGACAGCCGGCCCGAGGAGGCCCUGGAUUCCUCCCAGCAGCUGCAAGCUGACAUCCUGGCCGCCACCCAGAACCUCAAGUCCCCUGCCAGGGCUGCCCUGGGCAGCAGUGGGGAGGGGGCCCGGCCGACAGAAGACAAGGUUGAGGAAGGGGUACGGAGCAGCCAGGAGGCGGCCUCGGACACCCAGGCAUGCAGGGUCCCUGAGGAGAAACCCGAAGUCCCGGAGGAGUCAUGCUCAGCUGUGGCCGAGGGUGCGCCAACGGCCGGGGCGGGCCAAGAGGAGCCGGAAGGGUCUUUCUCUUCAAACCAGGAAGCCCAGGGACCAGCGGGUCCCCCUGAAAAUCCCUGCGCAUGCAGCAGCGUCUCCCCCACCAUCUAACAGGCCCCACAGCUGCUGGCCUUGACUCUCGGGCCCCUGUGGUCACUUCCUUGGGCAUGAAAAGGUCUUUAGCCCUCACCCCCCCUCGUGGCCACCUCCUGCUGCCAACCCCGGCAGCUCCUGUCCUGCGGCAGCUGGAGAAGCUGGUCUGUGGUUCACCCAGGAAUCCCCCAAGUUCCAGCAGCACUCAGUGCCUCUGCAGUUCCACGGGCUUCACCCCAAAGCCAAGCUCUCAGGGGAGGUGGAGGACAGACGUGUGCCCGGGAGAGCCCCGGCAUCGGCCGUACGGGGCGGGAAACACGGUCAGAGGUCCGCCGUGAAGAAGCAAAUAUUGCUGUUUUUCCACGCAGGGAGCAAAGAAAAGCAGAGGAUCGAGGAGUUUGGGGAGCGAUUGGGUGGGCGCACCGGGGGUCCUAGGGCCUGCAAAGCAGAAGCAGCCUGCAACGACACCCAGCCUUUGAGUCUCCCUAAAGCCAAGUAUUUCAGGCUCGCUCCAUCUCUGCUUAGAGCUGCGCCUGCAGAAGCGGACCGGAUUAUUUAGGCCUCUUCCGGGAGUGACCCUUACAGGCAUCCAGAAAGGGCCCUAAGGGAGUGUUUCCAGACAGGAUUCCGAGGGGCGCUCCAUGGAAAGAGGAUUCCAAGGUCAACCGAGUUGAGGCCACGCUGGCUGCCUCCCUUCCCCACCCUACCCCGUUGCUCCCAGGGCUCUGACAGGCUCCAGAGUAAAGGCUCCUGUUGGACUGGGUCUGGGGCUUUGCUUAGCCUUUCCAAAGUCUAUUUUUUAUUUUUGGUUGUACUGGGGGAGGGGCGCAGGUCCUGGUGCAUGCUAGGCAAGGGCUCAACCACUGAGCUACGUUCCCAGCACUGCUCUUUUUGAAAACAGCUAUAAGGUCAAAUCUUGCAAAAGUCACUCUGGAAAAUAUUGCUCUUAUUUCUUGAAGGUGCCCCCAAGUUCUGGUUGGUCCAGAGUUAGGGUGUGGGGUGCAGGGUUUUGAUUUCCGAAGCCACCCCUACUUGGGGUUCAGUUUCUCACCCCUCUACUGCUUCUGGGCUGGGGAACGUGUGUCGACCCCUGCUUGCCUGUGAGACCCUCAAAGCAUCCUGUCAGCUAGGGGGCUGCAUUAGAAGGGACCCUCAUUCUGGUUUCUGACGCCCAGCCUGGAGCAGGGCGCGCUGACCACUGGCCCUUUGCUCACAUGUGAGGUCUGGCAGCCUGUGUCCGCAGCACCCUUCUGUCCUUGACAGGGAGCCUGUGCUCCGUCCUGUUCAGGGGACUCUUGAGAGGGGUUUCUGCCCCAUUCUUACGUGUGGGGCUCCCCCAACCUCUGCACAGCCCUCCAGGUGCUGAGAUCUAACACACCAGCAUAAUAAACCUUGAAUCUGUCCUGA